GGUCCAAUUAGCAACCGAAAAAGCGACUGGGAAGAAGUACGCCAUCAAAAUAUUAGAGAAAGCACAUGUUGUGAAGGAGAAGAAGGUCAAAUAUGUCAAUCUGGAGAAAAAUGUGUUUGAGAAGCUCAACAGCCAUCCCAGUUUCGUUAAACUGUACUACACUUUCCAUGACGCGCGGAGACUAUACUACGUAUUAAGCUACGCUGAGAAUGGAGAGCUCUUGCACUACAUCCGCAAACUGGGCUCCUUCGAUCAGAAGUGUGCGCAACACUACACGGCCGAGAUGGUGCUCGCACUGGAGUACAUGCAUUCUCAGGGCAUCAUCCACCGGGACUUCAAGCCUGAAAACAUACUAUUAGGUGCCGACAUGCAUCUCCAAAUCACGGAUUUUGGGACUGCGAAAAUCCUGCUACAGCCACAACCCCCCGCGGAUUCCAGGAGCAAUGCUGGACGGGAUUCCUCUGGUUCGACGCUUUCAGUUACCAGUGCAACCUCAGACACUCUCUCAGAGGAAGGCGCGCGCAAGUACGAACCAAAGGUCAUUGUGGCCCCCACUGCCGAAGUCGAUGCCAUUAACAGGAGAUCAUCGUUCGUAGGAACCGCAGAAUACGUCUCACCAGAAUUGCUGAAAAAUAAGCAGACGUCCAUGGCUAGUGAUCUGUGGGCGCUCGGGUGUAUUGUAUAUCAAAUCAUUGCUGGUCGGCCCCCUUUCAAAGGCGUGACUGAAUACCAAACCUUCAAUCUCGUGAGCAAUGCAUGUUUCGACUUUCCACAGCAUUUCCCGAUCGCAGCGAGACGACUGAUCAAAGAACUUUUGGUGAUUGACCCGCACCAACGCUUGGGAUGUCCCGAGAUGGGAGGUUAUGCAGAACUUAAGAAGGACCCUUUCUUCGACGGUGUGGAAUGGGAUAAAGUACUGACCAUGCAGCCCCCUGAACUCAGACCCUAUCUACCGGCUGCUGGCGAUGGAGUGGAGAUGACAUCCAACAUGAAUGUUGGUCCAGAUGGGCAUAUCGCGCACACGUCCGUGAUUCUGCCUUUAGACCCGUGCGAAUGCGGUGACUUGAGGAAUGAUAUAAUUGAUGAGGAGAUAUCACUCAAGGAGCGCAGAUGCAGCAAUCGCAGUGAGCGGAGUGAUGACUUGGCGAAUCUCGUCAACGCUCAGCUGAACAUAGGAGAUGUCAUCCCCGCCACACCUCUACCCGCAGAGGAGGACUUCUCAGAAUGGAAUUACCUACUACAACCGGGUGAGAAAAUUAUCCUGUGCGGUGCGGUUAAGAAACGAAGGGGGCUCUUCUAUGUCUCUCGAGUGGGCAUACUAACGGACGCUCCACGCAUCAUGUUCAUUGGCCUGAACGAUAAGAAGCUCAAGGGCGAAAUCGACUGGAAGAAGAACGGCGACUGGCGCCCGGAACUCAAGAACAACAAGACAUUCUUCUUACACACUCCACGACACACGUACUACAUAGACGAUAUGAAUAGCAGGGCAUCUGCAUGGGUGCACCGAAUUAAUGAACAAGCUCAACUAAAACGCUAAAAAAUGACUGAGCAAAGCUAUCUUUUUCAAUAAAAAAAGUACGCAAGAAUCAGCAAUGAUAUCUUAAGCAGCGCGACUAUGCCAUGCCCGCAGCUCUAUAGCCGUGGCGUG